AGCGCGCCAUUUUUUAAGCAGUUGAAUUUAAUCAAAGUGACAGUGCGAAGCGAAGUGACAAAAAGUGAAAUAUAUUCGUGAAAAAUGUCUUUGAUGCCGUAUUGGUUGCGCCAUAUUCGGAACCUGGCACACCGGGACCCCAUUGCCAGAGUGUUAGAAGACCCUUUCACCAUUUUCUCAAGGGAUCCAUUCUUCCGGGAUCCUAUAAAAUACUUUCGGCAAAUUACACCGGCUUUGGAGGACCACCACGGAAUCGAAGGCGUAUACUCCGACCACGAGGUGAAAAUCGACGGGAAAAAAGUGGAAGUACAUUUAGAUGUUCAGAAUUUCACUCCAGACCAGAUUCAAGUGAAGACUGUUGGGAACGAAAUUAUGGUGGAAGGGAAAAAAGAGGUGAAGCAAGACGAUGGUUGGAUAAGGAGUAAUUUCGAGAGAAGAUUUUUGCUGCCUGAGGGAUUUCCUCCUGAGCGUGUUGAGUGCCAUUUGGACAAGGGGAAGUUGAAGCUGGUAGCGUUCAGAGCAGAGCCGAUUGCCGAGCGAACAGUGCCCAUACAAGACAAGUCAGAUGGCAGCGGGAGUGAGAAAUCUUCGUAAAUAUUGCGCAAUUCUAAUUUUGUGCUACGGUCUUAUUUUGUAUUCUGUGAUUGUUUUCAAACAUUCUGACUGAUUAGUUGUAAUGUUUAGUUUUAGAGAAAUAAUAAAGAUUUUUUUGAAGUA